AUGCGCCGCCUCCUCAACCUCCUCCUCAUAACAAUAUUCUUCCUCACACCCUUUGCCUCUGCAGCUUGUCCCGGCCCCAGUGUAAACCCAGCAACGCUGAAGCUCCUCAAAACCUUCGAGCCCUUCAAACCCUCCGUCUCUGACAACGGCUACGGAAACCCGACUGUCGGAUACGGCCACCUCUGCACCGACUGGCCAUGCUCCGAUAUCUCAGACUCGUUCCCACAACCUCUAUCUGAGGAAUCUGCGUCUCGGUUAUUGGUGAAUGAUCUGGCCGCCUACCAAAACGCCCUAACGAAUGUGCUUUCAGAUGCUGUAACACUGAAUGAGAACCAGUACGGAGCGUUGGUCUCGUGGACGUACAAUGCUGGUAUCGAGGCAAUGGAAAAAUCUACGCUGGUUGCGCGGUUGAAUGAUGGUGGAGAUGUAGGGCUUGUUGGAAACGGAGAGCUGCCGCAGUGGAUUUAUGUGAAUGGGACGAUGGUGAAUGGGCUUGCGAGGAGACGGAAGGCGGAGGUUAAGUUAUUCAAUAGGAAGAGCCAGAUUAGGGCGUUCCCUGUUGCUUGUUGA